UAUUUUAUACUUUAAAAAGGUUUAUGGAAGUUCUGUAGUUUCAUCUGAACAUUUUGCUGUUGCUGGAGACGUGUGAAGACCCUCAGACUAAAAACAUGGAUGGCCCACCAGUGGAUCUGUCAUUUCAUGACAUCACCUUUCUUACAGGUGCGCUGGCAAAGAAACCCCGAAUUGGCCGGCGGCCUUUAAAAAUGAACUCGGAGGAGAAGUACCUGAGCCGCUGUUUGCGUCUCAAUAACAACAGCAUCUUUAACCUCGGUGGCCUCCAGUACAUUGUUAACACCCUCCUGGCUCAACCGUCGAUGCUCGGCUGGCUGGACCUGUCGUUUAACGAAAUCAGCUGCAUAGACCCGGUUUUGUGCGAGCUGCAUGAACUGCGUGUGUUGUACCUUCAUGGCAACGGCAUCUGGAUGCUGUCGGAUGUUGACAAGCUGAGGUCCCUGCAGCAUCUACGCACCAUCACGCUACAUGGAAAUGACAUAGAAAAACAGAAAAACUACAGAAGUUGUGUGAUUUUUGCCCUGCCUCAGUUGAAGACGUUGGAUUUCAGUGUUGUGACACCUGCGGAGCGACGCUUGGCAAAUAUUUGGCGUCCCUGCGGCAACCGUGGCAAAACACCGUGGAGUCUCGGGUGACUGUCGCCAACUCAUUAAGUCCUUCAUUUGAUUAAUCGAUUUUUAACCAACUGCCGAGACUACUGUACCUUGGAAUGAAAUAUUUUCUUUCCCUAAAGUCUCGUGGAAUUGAUUAAUUAAAUGAUGCCAGUAAAGCUUGGUGAAAUUAAAUAUUUUUU